AUGUCAACUCUUCAGGUUGCCCUUAUCGACGAUGGCCUAGAUUACGGUGAUUUCGACGUUUAUCUACACACAAAAGUGCGAGGCUUUAGCUGCUAUCCACGCACUGGGCAGACCGAACAUCCAUGGCACAAGUCGACCAACGGGCAUGGAACUGCAAUGGCCAAUAUGAUCCUCCGCAUAAAUCCGUGGAUACAUCUCUUGGUCAUUCGAAUCGAGGAUGGCAUCUCCUACGCGAAUCCAGGAUCGCCGUCGCGGACCAUCCAACCCGACAGCGCUGCCCGCGCCGUCGAGGCGGCCAUCAAGCACAAUGUCGAUGUGAUAUCCAUGUCGUGGACCAUACGCAAGCAAAUUUCACAACUGCACAGCUCACCCGUUGAUUCUGGAUCAUUGGGGAAGAAGUCAAUUGACGAGGCUGGGAUCGAGCGACUGGAAAGGGCCAUAAGGGAGGCGGCGGUAAACAAUAUUCUCAUGGUGUGUUCUGCAGCAGACGAUAUAGCACUCCUUGGGAAGGAGAAUCUACCCUUCUGUGCAGCGGAGCACAAUAUCUUUCGCAUCGGCUCCUGCGAUUCUCAAGCGCAGCGUGACCCCAUGACUGAAAACAGAACAACCAUUUCCUAUUUUCUCCCGGGGAUUCAAGUCCCGGAAGCACGAAGACCACACUCCUUGAAACCAACCGUAUAUCAUGACGGGUCUUCGAUAGCCACUGCGCUGGCUGCAGGGUUAAUAUCUAUUAUCCUCCAUUGUGCUCGCUGGGUAGACCAGUGUCAAGAAGCUCAGGAGCCCGCACAGAAUGCCUCCAGUGAGAAAAAUCCAUUUCGGCACUUGGCAAAGAACCUUCGUAUUCACAAAAACAUGCAGAUCGCAUUGAGAAAUAUUGCCAGAUCACAUGGGUCAGAGGAGCCAGAAGAUUCGAAACAGCUUCCUGUGUAUCGUCUUUUUGCAGACACAACCAACAAGUUGAACAGUGCCAAGGGGUGGCAGAAGGUUGAGAGGUUGGGGGAUUUAGUCAGGUACCUAUGUCAUGACAUUGAGGCCUAG